AGGUGUAACGUGAGGCGUUUGAGUGUUGUAGACACGUCGGCGUCGUCCUCGCUGCAAGCGGAUAACCUCAGGGCAUUGCUCCGUCUGUGUCCCAUGGUGGAAACUCUCACGUUGAGCCGCGGUUGUGGUGUGACGCCGAAUGACGUCACUGCGCUGAGUCGAGUGUGCAGGGAAACUCUGGGCAAGUUGAACACUGUGGAAAUAAGGAAGGCUAAGCUUGGGAUGCCGGCCUCUGGACCUCUUCUCGUUGAGUCGAUUGUCAGACUGAUGCCGUCGUCAGUGCGUUCGGUAACGUUGUUGUACACAGAUAUCUCAGUUUUAGGGUAUCGCUCAGUGAAGGCUCUUGCUGGUCCUGAGUAUCAUUCCUUUGUCGUGGAGAGAGAAAAGAAGAGCUGCGAGUCUCCUGAUCCUCCAACGAUGAGCGAUGAAUCUACUGAAUUACGAGAACGUUCGGCGACCGUCUCGGGAGACCCAAAUGUAGAAGCAGUGAAUGUGUCUUUGGGGUCUUGUGUUGAGCUUGUAGUACGCUCCCAGACGAAUCGGUCCGUGGAGCUCUGCCACCUGGACCUGCCGCGCCGCCGCACAUUCUCUUGGGACGUGUGAUCCCAUCGUGCUAAACCAUGUCGCUUAUUAUUAUCAAUUUCGCUAUAGUCGUAUUAUAACUUGUCUUUUGCUGCUAGCUUGCUAUAACCACUGCUGUCUCAAAGAACUUCAAUUUUUUAUUAUCUAAGAUUGACCCGGUUACAAGGUUGGCUUUGUGAGCUUUCCUGUCUGGCUUGAAUAUAAUGGUCACAUGUGCGCUCGGUCGCAUCAGUUUGGAGUUUCCUAUCACUGUACUGUUUCACGGUC